CCCCACACUCCAUUCUCCUUCUCUUCAAUAAACACAAAAACCACAGCAAAUCGCGUCUAAGAAUGGCAGCCUCGGCUAUGGUAAUGGACCCAAAACCUUCGUUGGAACCACCGCCGUCGUUCCCCUGCACCAGAUCAGACCUCCACGGUGGCUGGACGGAGCAGAGCGCCGACGAGGACGACCUCUACAGCCGCCUGAAGUCGCUGCAGCGGCAGCUGGAGUUCAUCGACAUCCAGGAGGAGUACGUGAAGGACGAGCUGAAGAAUCUGAAGCGCGAGCACCUCCGCGCCCAGGAGGAGGUCAAGCGGAUCCAGUCGGUGCCGCUAGUUAUCGGCCAGUUCAUGGAGAUGGUCGACCAGAACAACGGCAUCGUCGGCUCCACCACCGGCUCCAAUUACUACGUGCGGAUCCUCAGCACCAUCAAUCGGGAGCUUCUCAAGCCCUCCGCAUCGGUCGCCCUGCACCGCCACUCCAAUGCCCUCGUCGAUGUUUUGCCCCCCGAAGCCGACUCCAGCAUCUCGCUGCUCAGCCAGUCUGAGAAGCCUGAUGUCACUUAUAAUGAUAUUGGAGGAUGCGACAUUCAAAAGCAGGAAAUUCGUGAGGCAGUGGAACUACCCCUGACCCACCAUGAGCUAUACAAACAAAUUGGCAUAGAUCCUCCUCGUGGUGUUUUGCUUUAUGGUCCCCCUGGAACUGGCAAAACUAUGCUUGCCAAGGCUGUUGCUAAUCAUACAACUGCAGCCUUUAUUAGAGUUGUUGGUUCUGAAUUCGUUCAGAAGUACUUGGGUGAGGGCCCGCGGAUGGUACGUGAUGUUUUUCGCCUUGCCAAAGAGAAUGCCCCUGCAAUUAUCUUCAUUGAUGAGGUUGAUGCAAUUGCUACUGCUAGAUUUGAUGCUCAAACUGGUGCUGAUAGAGAAGUUCAGCGGAUUCUCAUGGAACUCUUGAAUCAGAUGGAUGGGUUUGAUCAGACAGUGAAUGUUAAGGUCAUCAUGGCAACUAAUAGAGCAGAUACUUUGGACCCUGCACUUCUUCGUCCUGGAAGACUUGACCGAAAAAUUGAAUUCCCUUUGCCUGAUAGACGACAAAAGAGGCUUGUCUUUCAGGUUUGCACUGCUAAAAUGAACCUCGGUGAUGAAGUGGACCUGGAGGAUUAUGUUUCUCGUCCAGACAAAAUUAGUGCUGCUGAGAUCGCAGCUAUCUGUCAAGAGGCAGGAAUGCAUGCAGUUCGCAAAAACAGAUAUGUUAUACUGCCGAAGGACUUUGAGAAGGGUUACAGAACCAAUGUGAAGAAGCCCGAUACUGACUUUGAAUUUUACAAAUGAUGAGAAAUGGAAAGCCCGUUCGAAAGUUGUGUUCUCUUUUGAGGAUGUGUCACAUCUCAAAGGAAUUCUCUGAUUAUCAUAUCAUAUGUGCCACAACCAGUUAUAUGUUUUCUUAUGACCUCAGUUGAACAAUUAGAGCCUUGUAUUGCAAAAACAUUUGUACUUGGCAGUGAUGUCCUACAAGGCGUGGAAGAGCAGACUAUGAUGAGCACCUUGUAGGAUUUCACAAAAUUACAGUGGUUGAUGUAUGAUUUUAAGUGAUUUCAUUUUAAAACCCA